CCUCCAUGUUACGUGGGGAUGGGAGAACCCAGCGCAGCCCCACGGCCGUGCAGCAGCAGCGGCGCGAUGCCCUCACCCUCUCCACGCAACCGCGAAACAAUCGCCCGCCAUAUUACGUGGGGGUGGGGGGGUCAGAGCGCGGUGCGGUGUUUAGCCACCAAAGCACGGAGCCAGAGAGUGAACACGGAGUCAGAGAGUGAGCACGGAGUCAGAGAGUGAGCACGGAGCCAGAGAGUGAGCACGGAGCCAGAGAGUGAGCACGGAGCCAGAGAGUGAGCACGGAGCCAGAGAGUGAGCACGGAGCCAGAGUGUGAGAACGGAGCCAGAGAGUGAGCACGGAGCCAGAGAGUGAGCACGGAGCCAGAGAGUGAGCACGGAGCCAGAGUGUGAACACGGAGCCAGAGUGUGAACACGGAGUCAGAGUUCGCCGCCGUCAUCCAUGGCAGUCGCGGCGGCGGCGGUGGUGGUGGUGGAACGCGCCAAUGGACUCCUCGUGACGGGGCGAUUUGAGGAUCUGUGGGCGCUGUGUGAAGAGAACGCGAGGACAGAUGGAGGAGGAGGAGGCUGUGGGCCCCGCGCCGCGCUCUGUUGCCUGGGCGUACAGGCCCUGGCGGAGAUGGAGCGCUGGGCCGAGGUGCUGCCCUGGGUGCUGGCCCAGUACGGGUCAGCGGGGAACCUGCCGGCGCAGGUGCUACAGCUGUGCAUCCUGCUCAUGAGCCGGGUCGGGAAGCCCGAGAUGGUGCUGGACAUGGCGCGGGCCUGGCUACAGGAGCACGUCGCCCCCCGGAGAGUCACACCGGACGCCACGGCAGAUGGCGGCGGCCACAGGCCGACCCCGAUGGGAGAAGGCGAGGAUCAGACUCGGGAUGGGUCGGCCCUUGUGGCGGAGCUUCACCUGCAGUACGUGCUGCUUCCCCUGCGGCGGUGGGGAGAGGCGGAGACGCUGCUCAGCAGCAUGACCGAGGUGUGGGAGAGCUGGCGGGGAGACCGGGCCCAGGUUUUGCUGCAGGGAGCAAGAGAGAGGGCGGCUUCUAUCCCCAAACAGGGGCCAUGUGACCAGCAGCGGCAGCCACCACCACUGCCCGCCCAGACAAAUGGUGAUGGCGAUGGCAUUAGCAGCAGCCCCGGUAAUGAGCUUUGGGGCCGCGUGUGCCGGACCCUUUUGGCCGUGAUGUCGGUGACCGGAGCCCCCAUUCGCCAAGCCGCCCUCUUCCUCUUCCUCCUCUCCAUGCUGCUCUUCCAACUCGACCCCGCGUCGCCUGCCGCCCUGCGCCCGACUUCGGCCCUGGUGAGGAUGCUGGCGCGGGCGUGGAGAGCCAUGGUGGGGCGGCUGUACCCCGCGCACUGAUCCAACCCGCCGCGGCCGCUCAAAGAACAGAACAGCACGCACAGUGGAGUGGCGAAGAGGCAAAAAAUAACCACCCCGCCGAAGAUGACCGUCCGCUGGAUUUGGGGGAAAGCGUCGACUUGGCCAAAAAUUGUCGUCGUUUCGUGUGUUGAACUUCAUUCGCACCGUACAUAGACAGCCGUGCUAAAUCGGAAGUGCGUGAUCUAUCCACGACUAGAUGAAGGCUUCCCCCAUACCGUCGCCAUGGGCACUCGCAGUCUCGUGAAGCAGAACACGCGAGAAGGCCGAUGCAAACAUGGGGGGGUGGGUGGGGAUCACGAUUCGAUACGAGUACUUCGUCUCCGUCGUACAUCUCGCAAGUUUUAGUCUGCCGAGUUCAUUCCAUCCAAAGUGAAUUCCUGCUACGAGCGAACGAAGCAUUGCGGUGUUGCUCAUUCUCACGUUUACAGCCCGGGCUGGGCAGUGGUGUAAAUUCCACGUUCCGAACCCAGAUGAAAACUCGCAAUAUUCCGACUGUGAGACAUUCCUCGCUCUCCCCGACCGAUGUGGCCAGCUAUCCUAGAUUUAAUCCGGUAAGUCACAAUACAACUCAAGAUUAAGGUGGAUUAUUUUGCUAAUAAAACAGCAAAUAAUAAUUAUCGGCAAUUUACGCAAACAUUUUGCUCCUUCAGUUAAACGGGACAGAAUCGUGCCCCAGAAGCGUGAAAAUGUAUCAAAUCGGCAGGCGAUUAAACACAACUGUAUAUAACUUCCAAAGAGCUGUAAAUAAAUGCCUCUUGCACAAAGGAACGAUCAUCACUUUGUAGUAGAUUAAUCGUGCACUUGGCAGCCAUGCCUGAAAGGUGGGUAGGGGCGACUACGGACGCCUGUAAUCGCCACCACAGAUGGCAGCGAGGGUUGGUGGUUCACAAAACUCCCUUCCCGCGAGUGUUGUGGUACAGCAAAAUGUGGACUCCGCCUGUUCCAAUCUCUACGAGCUUCCCUCUCGCACGCCUGGGUUUCAUCCAUUUAAGAUGUUUUCUUGUUCACGUUUUUGUUUGUUGCGGUUGCACCCGAUUCCAGAGCCGAAUGGCUCACAGGGCUAUACCAAAUAAAUGAACUACGGAACUCAUUGGCUCAAUACACACAAGUACAUCGUACUGAAACCUUGACUGCAGCCUUACGCCCUUUGGUUCUGGAUCUUGAAAACAUGUGAUAGGUGCGAUGAAACAAAGUAGUUGUACUUACGUGCCCUUUGGUUCAAUUUGUUUAGACGAUUUACCUGCUAAAAAAAAUCCGGCGCGUCUCACACCCCCAGAAAGGGCGUUUUGCGCCCCAGGUUAAGAACCAUUGCCCUAAUAUAUAGAGGACCGCAGACCUUUGGCAAUUGUUGGUGCCGACUCCAUGGCUUCUGCCUUCCCGCUUACCCGUGGUUCAUCGAGCCUCCGAGUUGCUCUCUUGAAGAGUACACACGCAUACGAGUUGGAAUUACUAAAUAUCACCCGUUUAUCCAGACUGCCAGCGAAAGUGCUGUUUGCGAGCACCUAUUAAGGUCAACACGGCAAAUCGGGUGGCGUGGCGUUCCCCACGCCUGGUUCCCAACGUCUUCCCAGCCGUUUGCACACCGCAUCAGGCCUCAGGUCUGGUUCAGUUUUUAUUUGCACGGACGUACAACUCUUUACCUACGGGCACAGCAUGGGAAAGGGAGUGAGGUCAUGGAUUUAACGUUUGGAAGAAAAAUUAAUGCGAGGGAUCAAUGGGUACUUCUGGGCAAACGAACGACGAUAUGACUGGGCCAAGUUGUCUGGGAUAAAGAGGGGAGCACGCAGAAGUGAGCGUGCAUUUUCAGGUGGCGAGGGAUUCAAGUGUGGAGGUGGGUCACACGUGACCUAACUUAUUACAGGAGGCUAGAGCUCAUUUAGUUUUUUGUAGCAACCGCCAUUUGAGAUCCAAAUUUUAAAUUUAAUGGAUGGCUUUAGGAGACCUGGUGUAUACUCAAAUCGAAAUCGCAAUUUGAAACAAUGUGAUUUGCAUAGUUUUUUUAAUUAUAACUUAAUUUAUUUAACUUAAGUCUAGAUUUAAAGUUUUCGUGACUGCAAUGAUCCAUACUCUUCGGUUCUUUUGGUAAAGUCACGUAGGUAAAAAAAUAAAGUUAAUCAAAUCACGACGUUUCGGAAGCAGCACAAGCCUCCGUCAUGAGGUGGGAUAGUCCACUACAGCAAUUUGCUGUAGUCCGCUGCAGCAAAUUACUUAUUGCUGUGACUAUCCCACCUGAUGACGGAGGCUUGCGUUGCUUCCGAUUUGAUUAACUUUUUUUAUUUUUUAAGUUAAUUAUUCUAUGAUUGUUAUAUUUCAAUUAAAACAUUUUAAUACAUGUUGGAAGCAAUUCAUAUCUUUUAAGUUCUCAUCCUUGCAUUAGAAUAGAGCAAUUCAUAUUUUGAUGGUAUGUGGUAAUGCUCCACGUUUUAAAUCUAUUAGUGAACACUGAACUGAAGCGCGACUUAAAAAAAAAAUCGCAAAUCAAAUCGCAAUCUAUCAAAAAAAUCGCAAUUUCAUAUUUUCCACAAAUCGUUCAGCCCUUGUGUAUACCGCUCAGAUGCCCAUGGCGGUUCGGUUCUCGUCAAUGAACGCGAGCUUUCGGCGCGUUCAAGCGUUGUUCACGAUCUUCCGGAAGACUGUUCAUCACAGCGGUACGUGACCACCACACGGUACGGACCAGGCAACACCACCAGCCACGCAGAACCAUCUUCCAGACACAAUCUUGCAAACAAAGCCCACGCCAUGCCGGACGGAUGUGAGCAGCUUUCUCUGCUUCACCCCAAAGACAUGCCCAUCCUCCAGAGGAUCGAUUAUAAAGCAGCGAGCUCCAAAUAAAUACCCCUUCUCUCUCGGAGAGUACACGCAUACGCCCGUAUUGCCAGCCUUUCUCCCGAUUAUAAAACGCUUUGUGAAAAAUACCCCAAAAUGUAAUGUGUGCCUUAACAAUCUGGGGAAUAUGGUGAGAACUUCACUGGCGGCGUUAUUCACCGCCAGGAGCACAACUCGAGUAACAAGGUUCCAAUAGCACAGCACAAACCACUGCCCUCAUCCACGCCCGGCCAACUAGAAAAAAUACACGCAUGCGAGUGCACCAAAUCCCCUUCCUCCUGCAGUUUUAUUGACAAGUACAGUUCGAAUAAAGCGCUACAAACAA